UACAUGGGAAGGGGGGUGGGGGGUGGGGGCAGUACGUAACAGAGCAGAGCUAUCGUGACUCGCGGGGAUUCGAAAAACAAAUGAACCUGGCCUGUAGCCAGUCCAGUGCGUAUCGAACGAGGCGUCGCGUUGCGUGAUAUCUCGUGCCGCGGCAGGAACGGAGUAACGGACGUGUGUGAAGGAAGAGGAACGCGUAUUUUCCCCGCUGUCAUAAUACUGGAACAAAACCAUAUGGAUUGCUGUUUUGCCAAUCAGUAUGAUAGCUCUCAGAUUACGGAGACAUUCCCGAAUGUCUCCAGUCCGGAGAUGUUCGAUAGCGAUACCGAAAGUGACGUGGACAGCAGACACGUCGAGGCGUCAGCUGGAGACAACGGUGCAACGGCAGCGAUGCCGCCUCGAGAGCCCACCCAGGCUGAACUGAUUGCGACAUCGGACAGUUGCUUGCUGGCCAGGAUCAACAAGUAUCUGUGCGGUGUCCCGCCCCCGCCGAAACAUACAACGUCUCAGAGCGAUUGUUCAGACUUUUUGCGACAAAUUUACAAAAACGGUCAGUUAUUCUGCAACGGACAUUCACUAUCCGAUGGAAGUGCAGAGUCUACGGAAAACACAAAGCCCGAGGAACAGAAAACUACCACAGACACUAAUGAUAGGAAUGUUCCUUCUCAAUGCACAAAGGGUACACCGAGGAAUUUGAUAAAUGCCUUUGACGCUUGUGAUUCGUCGCAAGCUAACGUUGCGGGAGACGCCAAAUUAGGUGUAAACAAGAGUGACGGCGACGAUUGGAGCGUAUACAAUGUUUCUAAGGAGAUAAAUUCGGCGAAUACGAUUAAGAAAACAGUGAAAGUUCUGCCAGUUGUAGACAGCGCAGAUGUAUCUCGCAAGCAAUCUCCUCUUAUCUAUCAGACGAUUGGUGAAAAAGAGGUCAAAACUUUAACGUGGCCUCAGGCUUACUCUCACAAGUUCCAUGGCAUACACUACAACCGGAGCAAAACUGUAGAAGAGUUUGAGAAUUUAACAGUGAAAUUAUGUGAAAGGUAUAUAGGAGCCGAGACGCAGUCUACUUGUAAUAUAUGGUUUUCGAAGCAGCCACCAGGAAGCGCGAGAAAGCGAAGUUUAUUGACGAAACGCGGAAAUGGUCAAAGUCCGGAGAAGAGAUUGACGCAUUUAGCCAAAAGACGUAGGACUUUUUGCAGCGCUAAUUUGCAAGGAUUGGGACUCGCUGAUAAAAGGCAGUUAAUGAUACCAAUCAGGAAACUUACACAUAAAAAAGGGAAAAGUCCAAGAGGUAAAAGUCCUCGAGGUAAGAGUCCUCGCGGUAAAAGCCCAAGGAGUUCGGCAAAGAAGAAAGUCGUUCGAAGGUUAAUGCUAGACGAGUCGAGUCCAUGUAAAUCUAAAGUAGAAACUUCGAAACGUGCGUUGUUCCAAAGUCCAUCGUCGGAUCAUCCUGGCCCGAGCAAAUUACUAGGUACAAAUAAUACGGAUACUCAAAAGAUUAAGCGCGCUUUAUUUUCAACGCCGAAAAAGAGCGAAUCUGACGAUGCGAAACAAACGUCUUCGCGAGAGGAAAGUAGAAAGAGGAAGUGCGAGGAAGAGUUGCAAGGGCCACGAUUGAAGUGGGCGAAAAGCUUAUCGUUUGACUGCACGCACGAAUUAAAAAAUACUUGCAAAGUUACGUGGGAUAGAUAUUCGUCGAGCAGCGUUCUUUCGAAAAAUGAAACGUCCUUCAGCCAAGGAAAGAAUGAACUAAGCAAUACUCACAAAAAGAAAUUACUUUGGGCGGUUGCGGAGGCCCUGCGAAGCAAAGGAAUUGGCAUGAAUCACCCCAAGUUUAAGCAAUACGCCGCGAACUUGGCACGCACAAUAAAAAAAUUUAUGCCCGAUCUGGAAAAUAGAAAUAUUCCACGGAAACCUGGAAGUACGAGCGAUCGCAUGUUAAAACUAGCCAAGCAUCACGUGCUGUUUCUUAUCGAUACUAGGCCAAUGGAUUGACAGUACUCAUUAAUACAAUUAGUCAAAUUCAACAAGUUGCACGAAAGAUUUGCCUUUUUGGCAAACAGGACAUUGUUAAAAUGACCAAAUAUAUAGGUGCUUGUACCUUUAGCCGACGUGUGUUUACACUAUGACUUUUAUAUAACUUAAUAAUAUAAGGUAAAGUAUGUUACAGUAAUGAAGAUUUAAAAAUGGGAUUGUAUAUUGUUACACACCCACAUGCAGGGUAUUAAACAUUUUUUAUCGUAUAAAUAAAGUGUUUUUAAUAAG